AUGCCAUCGUCAAGCCCAUCGGACGGCGCUCCCCUCGCCGACUACUUCUGGAUAGCUGGUGUGGAUGGUACAGAGAUCCUGGAUACCUUUCAAAGAUUGGGAGAAGAUUACCGUACCAAUGGCGCGACCUCUCCCAGUUCAGCGCUCGCCGACACCAUUCAGGAGGAUGCCGAUGCGGAGGAGGAACACAACCUCGAGGGUACCCCUCGGCCAAACUCGACACUCUGGACUGGCGCCGGUGGGCGCAGCUCCGUCCAGCGUUUAUCCACGCUCUCAAGGAGCUCAGGGGGGACGAUUACCGGCGGCACCAACAGUAAUCGCAGCAGCAUGACCGUCAAAGGUGCCUCAUCCCCCCUGCGUGCCUCCGCGAUGUUCAACGAGGACUUCGACUUCGACUCCGCGCUGUUCAAGUUCGCCAACGAGCGAGAAUCCUUUUUGACCGACUUGAGCUUGAGCGCUGGCGCUAUAACCCCGAAUACCCGCCCGCGAUCCCGCGUUCGUACACAGAAGAUCGUCUCCGAUGAUUCGCCCUCCCCUGGCGGUAACUUGCUCAGGUCAGGCAUUGGCAGUGUACGACGACACAUGGCCUUCCGAGAUAUGAAUAGUAUGAAGCGGCAGCCGUCGGUUGCUCGCCAGGGUGAGAACUCUCUUACUACACUCUACCGGGAUCCGCAUUCUUCGAACGACUGUGGCUCGGAACCGAGGAUGGAUAAAUGGGCUAACGGUGAAUUGUCUCUAGCUUCGGUCCGAACUUCCAGGCGACUUAGUAAUUACAAUUCGGUAAUUCCUGCCCCGCAACCCCUCGAGAUCCCCAGCACAAUGCACCCGUUAAAGCGACGAUUCGAGCCGGUUCUCCUCGACCGAUACCCCACACGCGGUAUGCCGGACGAGACGAAGCAACGCGGUAACUUCCCCGACUACGUUCCCAUGUUCGCCUUCCCCAAUGAUGUCAAUAUUGUCUCUUCCGAUCAGCGACCUCGCUCCACUUGGCACGGAUUUGCCAUGACAACGGAUAAUGGUUCCCGGCUGCACGCCAUCUGUGUGAUUAUCUGGAUACCUCUCAACCCGAAUGCCGCGGGAGAGCUCGAGAAGCGCUGUGAGGAAUGGCGGAAGGAUAACAUGACCGACGAGGAACGCGAGCUAGCUGCAAGCUUGGGCGAACGAUUGGCAUCAGAGCGGGCCAAAUUAUCACGUCUCCUAGCACAGCUCCCAACUGUCCAGUCGGGAUCUGAAUCUCGUGAACAACUCGAAGAUGAGAUCAGCGCUGUGGAAGAGAAGAUCGGAUUAAUGACCGAUCUUCUGCGUCCCGUCCGGCAUGGCGCAGCCUCGAAGAUUGAUGGCCUGACCGAUGGCGAUACAGGGUUCUGGAUUCCUCGUGCAUACGGCAUUUUGGGCCGAGAGAGCACCAUGACGAGCUUCUGGAAAGAAUGGCUCAAGGCUAUUGUGGUUCCCAUGACGGAGGGCAGCGUACAGCAUGUACCUCCUCCUUCACCGCGCAUGGGUGUAUGGCAGCCGCUGGAGCGAUAUGUCAUGAAUCUGUGUACAGAGGCGUUCGCACCGAUAACUUCGAAGACGCAGGUUGAACUUGCGAUUCGGGAGUUGCGAUUGUUCGCGCGGAAAGAGGCGCCUAAUGAGAUUCCUGGUUCUCGGAACACUGAUCUCUACGCCUUGUUCCGUACUUUGUCAGUUCCUAAUAUUAUCAUUCUCUUCGAGUAUGCUCUUACCGAAUCCCGCAUCAUCUUCUUGUCUUCUCACACCUCCAUGCUCUAUCUCGCGACCAGGGCAUUGGUCGAUCUUUUGUUCCCGCUAGAAUGGACGGGCGUUUUGAUUCCUGUUCUCCCUGCCCGCUUGAUUCAGGCCCUGGAGGCACCAUGUCCGUACAUUGUGGGCAUUGAACGUCGGUACGAGAAGGUGGAAUUGCCGACAGACGAUUUCGUCCUAGUUGAUUUGGACAACAACAUGAUCGAAAGUACCAUUCAACCGACCUCCCUUCCGCGUCAUCAGCGCAGGAAGCUUCUGUCUCUACUGCAACUAGCUGCUCCUCAGCACGGUCGAUACCAUAUUCCCACUGGGCCUCCUGCAUACGCAAUUGAAACCUAUCCAUGGGACUCGUUCAUGUCGGAGAGCAAGGCUACCUUUACAUCCAAAGCGCCUGCAACUAACCUCUCCAAAUAUUGCGUUCGGUGCAACCGCUGUACCCCCGGGUCCUAUUCCCCUCCAAUCUUCAAUGUCUUCCUGCACGCGCGAAAUGAGGCCGGUCCCUCUCGUGGAUACUCAUCUCGUGGGAGUGAGCGUCCAGGCACCAGUUCUACCAUGAGGGCCAGUGCUUCUCCACCCUCCCCAAGAGAGAGCUCGCCUACAUCGGGCUACUUCCCUCCUCCGCUAGCACCCUCGUCACGCAACGAUUCUGGAAUGGCCUUGCAAGCCUCCCUACGCGAGAAGCGCUCCGGUCACUUUGAUGCCGCUUCCCGCCGCAGCUCGUCGUUUGGAAUGACUCGACGUCCAAGUGCUCCGUUCCUAGGUCAUGCAUCGAACCUUUCAGUGACCACCCUCAAUACCGAUUACGGUGGAUCAACAUAUGCCCCGUCUGUAUAUGCACAGUCUACCAUUGCUGCGUCGACGAUCGUUCCACAAUCUACAACGCAGCCCAUGGGUAAUAACGAGGGCACUUGCUGGGCCGAGGGUCACUAUUUCCAAGUUCAACCAUGGGACGAUAAAUCGACAUGUGCCAUCUGUGAUGAACAGGCAGAGGAAGGCAUGUACAAAUGCUCUGCAUGCAAACUGACUGUCCACAACCGCUGUGCCUCCAUGGUGUGUCUGCCGUGUGAUGCAGCGUUCCAUCCCGAUCAAAUUCGUGCUGCAUUUGUCAGAUGUUUCGCUAGCUUGUUCUACACGUACAAGAAGUUCCUCGUGCCGGCCAGUGGCGACAAGAAGAAGUCUGGCAUGUAUUACAACUUCAAUAUGGAUGCUUUCAUGAAGAGUCUGCCGAGCGAGCAUGCAGAGUAUAUCGUGGUAUUGCAACAGACUCAAGGAUUCAACGAGUUCAUCAGUGACCGAGAGCGAACAAACCCGAAGUCGAAGGACCCGCGCAUGACUCUGUUCGACGAGAUCGUUUUGGCAAAGCGCAACCGUGGCCGUACAUCGAUUUUCUCUGGCCGCUCAACCACAGACUUCCUAUCAGAUACCUCGAAUCAUCUGUGGCGCACAGCCAACGCUACCUUCUACACGCCAACCAGCCGUAGCCAGCAGAAUCUUUCUACCGAUUACGGCAGAGUUCUUACCAGAGCACCGGCAAAAUUGGAUACCAGUCUGAUGACAGAGCCCCGCAUGAUCCACGGCGCGCCACGGGUUUCCAAGACGGCAAAUACUGCCCGCAGAAAGCCGCUGCCCAAUCUGAUGAAUGGACUCGCCAUCUCACCUCCCAGUUAA